AUGACUUGUCAAUGAUGGUCAAUUUUAAUUCACUUACGAAAAAUAAAUAUGCAGAAUUUUGUUUUACAAAAUAACAAAAGUCUAAUAGCUUAUGCAUUGCACUAAUGGGACCAAAUAAAGACCACGAACUAGAAGAGCUUUUAAAUGAUAAAGCUUUGUUUGGUGAUUUUGUGAAUGAGGAGUUUGAUGUGCAACAGUACACAUGCCAUGUCAUUGAGAAUCAUAAAGUGAACGAAGCAUUGGCUCAGCUAAAUAUUGGAAUAAAUGUUCUUAAUAAAGAGCUUUUAUCACAGGUGUCUAAUCAUUAUGAAGACCUUUUGGCUCAGGCUACUGGUAUAGAAACACUGGAAGGUGGUCUUCAAUCUAUUCAAUCUAAAAUUUUAUCAUUGGUUAAAUCAGUUGAGAGAAUUAAAAGUCAAGUUAGUGAACCUUAUAACAGAAUUGCAUCUCGAACACGACAACUAAGAAGAUUGCAGACCACUUGUGAUUAUUUGCGACAAAUAUUAAGGAUUAUUCAACUCAAUAAGCGUUUACAGUCACAACUUGCUGCCGGAGCAAGAGAAAUUACCAAGGCUGCACAAAGUCUUAAUGAGCUGGAUUAUGUAUUGGAAGGAAAUGAUUUGAGUGGAAUUGAGCUCAUUACAGAAGAUAUUAAACAAAUCAAGGAAGCAAGACUCAGUGUUGAAAACCAAGCCCUCAAUAUGUUUGAACAAGGGCUUAACACUCAAAACCAACCUAUGAUUGCAACAUCUUUACAAGUCUUUUACAAUCUUGGAUCAUUAAGUACUCAAGUAAAUAAAGUGCUCAAACAGUUGGCCAAUGAAACUAAAAAUUGUAUAAAUAGAGCUGUUGAUAUUCCUGUUUCAGCUGUCCAAAAUAGAUCCAACUUAGGUGGAAGCACACUUGCAGUUACUGCUUUCUGGGAAAAAUUUGAGAACCUUCUUAAGAAAUUGCAUGAGUUUUGUCAAAAAGUGUAUUUGUUGGAAAAAGUUUUAUCAAAAAAGAGGGAUCCUAUCAGUCACACUUGCUUUAUAGAAGUUUUUAGUGAGGAAGGCAAUAGUACUGUUUUUAAUCACUUUUGGAAUGAAGUGUGCAGUCUACUGAGAUCUAAUUUGGAUCAUGCUGUCCAAGGUUCAAAAUACCUUCAAAAUUUGUUUGAAGGCGAGUACCCUAAACUCUUACGCUUGUUUAAUGACUUUUGGUUGAAUGUGACAAGCUUUAUAGAUAAUAACAAGGCCACAGGAAAUAUUGGUUUUAGAUCAGAAAUAAAUAUUGGCUUUUUUUCUAGCACAAGUCCACUAGAAUCAUUAAAAUCUUGUUUGCAACCUUUUGAGAAGACUUAUUUAUCUCGCUCUUUAUCGCGGUUGUUUGAUCCUAUUAACUUGGUGUUCCCCAGUGGUUCAACAUCAGUUCCUACAAAAGAUGACCUAACUGUUAUAAUAAAAACAAUAAAUAGUGAACUUAGUAUUGCUGCAGUCGAUGAGGUUUUUAUGAUCGAGGUAGCAAAAAAUGUUGAUGAAACUAUCCAACUUUAUGUGUCCAAAUGUUCAGAGCUGUUAGUUACCACAACUGAUGCUGGUCAACUAAGCGGCGGGUUAACUAGUUCACAGUUACGAAAUGUAUCCAUUGUUAAUUCAUUGCAUCUCUUGCAUUCUGGAAUUUCUGAGUUAUUACCAAGUAUGUCACACUCUCCUCAAGAAGUCUUAAGCAUAAUUGACAGAUCAUUAAAAAAAAUUUUAUCAUUUAUGGAUUUGGCUGUUAGUUUAUUAUUGAGUUCAGUCAUGGCAUCUUUAGAAAACAAAAUUGCUAAAAUGCAUAGUGAGAAUUUUUCCAUUACUAAAAAAGCUUAUAAUGAAAUGGUAGAGAUAGCGCCAUGUUCACGCUAUGUCAUUGAUAUCCAGGAAUUCAUUACUUCUCUUCAGUCAGACUACUUAUCUUUAUAUAAUUGUCAAGAAUUUUUAAUUGAAAGACUGGAAGCAAUUGCUGCUCGAGUUUUGGAACUUUUUGUUCGUCACACAUGUCUUUUGCGUAAUCUAUGGGAAGGAGGAAAAUUAAAGUUAGCGGCUGAUAUGGGGCAAUUAGAGUUUGCAUUGUCCCCUUUCUGCCAUAGAAUUGGUGAUUUGGGUUCAUCAUAUAAAUUAUUCAGGGUGUUUCGACCAUUUCUUUUUCAAAAUAUUGAAGAUAUUCCUACAAAUCCAAACCUUGGUGAUAGCUUACCGUAUAGUACUGCUAUUCAUUUUUUGUUUUCUCAGGCUCCACCACAGUUGCUUUCACCACACACAGUUGCUGGCUGGAGUAUUACAGAGUAUUCAGAGUGGCUUGACGAUCACCAUGAAGAAAGUGAGAGAAUAGCUCUUAUCAGUGGAACCUUAGAAGCAUAUGCACAAAAAGUUCAUAACCAGGGUGAUAGUGAGCUUCAUCAAGUUUAUGUAGUUAUGAAGAAGCUUUUAUCUAAUCAAGAAAAUACAACCACAUCCAAAACAAUUGCAUCAACUUUAGAUGCUUAAUUAUAUUUGAACAUUAUUUAUUAUGUAAUUAAUUUGUUAUUUAUAAAAUUGAAAUCAAAUUAA